AUGAUUACCGAUGGCCUCGAAAACGCCUUCUGCUCUGACCGCCUCAUCUACAGGGCGAUAGAAAACAACGAAGCAGACAGCACCUUUCUGCACACCCAGCUCGAGAACGACCCGGUCAAUACCGCCCUUUCGGAUCUAAGGCUACUCAAGCCCAAAAACAGCAAGCACAGCCACUCGAUGACUGAAAAGAUGGAAAAGUCCAUCUUGACAGUGAUGAUCUGCCUGCCUCAUAAAAACACAGCUGAGGACAAUGAAUCAAUUCCCGUCGGUUUCUUGACUCUCGGAUGGGCCGGCAUACCGGCGGACAUGGCUCAGCACCGCUCAGUCGGUCUUGGCAUCGCGCUGGCGGCGCCGUUCCGCGGGAGGGGGUAUGGCGCCGAAGCCAUCAACUGGGCGCUGGACUGGGCGUUCCGGUAUGGAAACUUUCAUCGCGUCCACCUCGGCACGGUAUCAUACAACGAGCGUGCGCAGCAUCUCUACAAGAAACUUGGAUUUGUGGAAGAGGGCCGGAGUCGUGAGGCGCACUGGUUUGACCGGAAAUGGUACGAUUUGAUCAGUUACGGCAUGCUGGAGCACGAGUGGGAGGCGUUGAGAGGCAUCAAGAAGGAACAAGGAGGUGUUUGA